UUUGAGGAUUCUUUUAGAUGGACUUUCAAUCUUUAUACAAUCACCAACCAACUUUGAACAGCAAGGGAAUUGCUUUUCCUCAUACAAGGGGCACUGUGUCAUUAUAUUUUCAAUAGGUAUUUCGUGUAAUUGUGCUACCAUAUUUUGUAGCGAUGGAAUGGAAGGGUCCAUGUCAGACAAGGGUGUCAUCGUUAACAGCAACUUGCUCACCAGAUUACAGAAGGGUGAUGGAGUUAUGACAGAUCGUGGGUAUGAGAUAACAGCAGAACUGCAAGCAAUAGGUUGUGAAUUGUACAAACCACCUGUUCUGGAUGGACGCCAAAACUUUACAAGAGAAGAAGAAAUUCUGACAAAAGCUAUUGCCUCUUCUCGUAUCUACACUGAGCACGCAAUAGCAGACAUAAAAGACAACAGGCUACUGCAGGGUGUUAUGCCUUUCAACCUGUUGCCAGUGGUAGACAACCUUGUCUACAUAGCAGCUUACCUGCGCAAUUUUGGAUCUAGCCGUAUCCAUGACAAAAGAUUUGUUGUAAGUGAAGACAGAUCUGGAGACCUUGAUGAUCCUAAACAAAAUUAAACAAGACCCAUCCACUGAAGGGUGAUAUACCAAUGAAGGUGCAAGAAGACAAUGCACUUCAUAUAGAUGAAGAUGACCAACCACCAAAUAAAUCUGUGAUGACAAAACUCACCAAAUGUGAUGAAGAAGUAUUAUUCUGGAUGUUGCUGUUAAAUUAUGAUUAUUUUUUUUUUUGCCUAA